UAUUGGAUGUUUUGGUUAGUGAAUCGAUAGUUUGUGAAGUACAAUAUCGACAUCAUGGCAGAUACUGCUGUAGAACAGCCGCCUCCAACGACACAAACACAAGCCGGAAACACAUACGUGAUUCGUCCAAAUUUCCAACAUAAAUUUCGUCCGGUUAUUGUGAAGGAAUGCAUACAUAACGCCUUAAGUGAACAUUUGACGGGAAAGAACUAUGAUGCUGAAGAAACAAUAGAAUGGACGAAAGUGAUAUCAGAUGAUAUUAAACAGAGGUUAAAAGAUUUGGGAUAUGACCGGUAUAAAUUCAUUGUCCAAGUGGUGAUAGGAGAACAGCGAGGGGAGGGUGUCAAGAUGGGAUGCAGAUGUUUCUGGGACUCAGACACAGACAAUUAUGCUCAGGAUAUUUUUAUGAAUGAUUCCUUGUUCUGUGUAGCCGCAGCCUUCGGAUGUUUCUUCUACUGAUAGAAAGAUGAUCUUCACCAGCAAAACCAUUCCAUUAUCCGUCCACAUUAAGAAUCCCUGUGAUGUCACUAGACUGUGAUGUCAAAGGGUUGUGAUGUCACUAGACUGUGAUGUCAAAGGGUUGUGAUGUCACUAGACUGAUGUCAUAAGGCUGUGAUGUCAUUAGACUGUGAUGUCAUAAGGCUGUGAUGUCAUAAGGCUGUGAUGUCAUAAGUUUGUGAUGUCAUAUUAACUGUGAUGUCAUAAGACUUUUGAUGAGAGAAGUAGACUUACAGUCCAGUUUUCAACUGUAAGUGUUCCCCAAGAUAUAUCAAUCUUUUUGAAGAAAAAAACAUUAGAGGAAUUAUUUAUGAGAAGUAACAACACCAAAAAAUCCCAUUAGAGUUGUACUUUUAUUUCUGAACGUGGAAAAACAAAAUGCUUCGUAUGAUUUUACUAAUUGUAAUGGAAAAAUAGAUGUACGACGAGGAGGAGUCUUCUCAGAGGUCUAGAAUACUCCAGGGGGGAAAAAACGAUCAUUUCCUAUUCCACUCCAAAGGGUGAUGAAAGCUCAUCAGACAACCACAACCAAACUUACAGACUAAGCUUCUACACACAGAAUUAAUUGUCAGAAAGUGUCUGCUCGAAUCUUAAUGACGUUUACUUGUAAUUAUCAUGUGUAUGUAGUAUGAAACGAGCACCUAUAGAUUUAUUGUUCAACGAAGUACCAAAACCAGACAAGGGUUGUCGGGGAGUUGGUGAAGGGG